GUUUUGACUUGUAUUUAUGGUGGUUGCUUUACUAUAUGAGUCCUCGUAAACUUGACGUCUCAUUCAAUUGACAUACUCACUCAUCAUGGACAACAUUCAUCUCCCCAUCGCAAUAAGACGCUCCCGUCGCAGCAGCAUCAAACCAGAGCCAGAUAUGCCAUCAUCCCCAAUGCCCUCCAAGACCCCCAAGCGCUCCCGACGAGUCCGCUUCUCCGACCCAGGCGCCUCUUCCUCCGGCUUAACCCCCAUGGUCAAUCGCUUCACCGUCGCAACACCCAAACGCCGUCGCCACUCAUCCCUCCCUGUCCAAACAACCCCGAGCACUAUCCGCUCAAGUCCUGCACUCCCUGAAAGCGGUGAAGUAACUUUUCUACCACUGCGACAAGUCCUCGACGGUCGCGUGCAGCGCAGAAUUCGUCGCAAUGGUCUGAGCGAGGAGAUGAAUACGAUUCAACAGGAAAAGCGCCGUCGGAACCAAGAGGCAAAAGAAGAAAUUGAAAAGUUGAGAAAUGAACUAAAAGCGCGAGAUCGAGAGAUCUAUGAAUUGCAGAAUGCGACUAUUGUUAUCGACACAGAUCGCAUUUGGGAUCUUGAGAAGCAGAUCCAAGACCUUCAGGAUGAGCUGUCCAAGAGAUCUGGUCGCGCUAUGGAUCAGAGCAGAGGGUAUAACUGGACUCUUGCAGCAAGGGAGAAGUUUUCGCAGGACUUCAUGGACAUGACGCCUGAUGAGGAUCAAUUUGGGGAUGAGACUAUGGCGCAGUUCAUUUGUAGUACACCUUCGAGGGCGCGGACUUCGUUUAUGACGCCGCCUGCUACGAGUCCUACUGUGCCUGGGACGCCGAUCUUUGAACCGAUGGAGACCACGGCUACGGUUGGUGUUCAAGCUUGUUUGCCGGAUCCGAAGCAGUUGGAGUUGGAGGAAGAGGUGUCGUCGCUUCAAUUGGAGGUUGCGAAGUUGACGGAUACUCUUGAAUCUUACAAGACUCUCAGCGGACGCUUGAGCGACAAAUUGUCGGACUACUCACCCAGGGAUCAGUCGGGUCUUGAGGCACAGAUUGAUGCUAUGCUACAAGCAAUGUCCGACAGAACACACGCUCUCCAAACGCUCACAUCUUCCAUCACAAAACUCGGCUUCACGGGCUCCGACGCCAGCGAAAUGAUAACAACCCUCAUCACAAACUUCCGCGCCGCCCGCCUAGAGCUCGAGUACCUUACCCCAGGCGAAAUCACCCUCCCCUUAUCAUCCCACGGCGCAGAAGUCCUAGAUCUCAUGCUUACACGCCUGCGUGACAUGGCGAAGCGCGCAAAGGAAGAUGAAGAUGCUAUAGAUGAGUAUCACGAGAUCGAGCUCUCCCUCCGUAAGCAACUCGAUGCAAGAGUCACAGUCAUGGAUGGCUUGAAAGCAGAGAUGGGAAAGGCUGAGAAGCUUAUCAGUGAUAAGAUUGCGAGGAUUAGAGAGCUUGAGGUUGCGAAUCAGAGGCUUAAGGGUGCUGUGGAUGGGUAUAUCCGCGAUAUUUCGGAGCUGGAAGAUCUGGUUCAGCGGAUGGAGCGCGAAGGUCAUGAUGCAAAGGAUGAGUACGCUGUGCAGUUGGAGGUCAAGCACAAGAUUCUCACCCGCAAAGAAGACACCAUCGCUUCUCUCGAAGCCAAACUCUCAUCCGCCCUCUCCCGCUCCUCGGAUCUACAAUCCCAAAUCCAGACUCUGCAAACCAGCCAUACUCAAACAAUUUCAACCCUUAACAAAAAGCACGGCUCAGCCCUCGCAGCGCGCGACUCGAGCGUUCUCAAAUACCGAAGUGAGAUCGACAAGCUAAAUGAAUCUCUGCGCUCGGCACAUGAUAAAAUCUGCGGACUGCGCGUUGAGAACGGUGGGUUACGGAGGGAAGUUGACGAGGAGAGAGUUAAAGCGAAAGAGGUUAUCGAUGCGAUGAAGGAGGAGUUGGAGAGGGUAGUAAAGAUGAGUCAGGAGUUUUUGACGCCGCGAAAGGAAGAGUCACAGGAAGGGGUUGUGAAGGGGCAGGGGGUUAGGAGGGUGAGUAAGAGGUUGAGGGGGAGGGAUAGUGGGAUGGGGUUGUUGGAUGAGGAGGAGGAGGAGUUCUUUUAGGGGCAGGACAUUCAUUGCAUUUUUCUUUGUUUAGCAUAUUAUUAUUUAAUUCAUAUUCAUAUUGAGAGUGAGA